CUCAGCUGAUGAUACGCUUUGAUGACGACGGUUCGGACGAAGCGUGCAACUUUAAAUCCUUAUCGUUUAUUUUCCUUUAGUAUUUUAAGUCAAGUUUAAUACGGAGUGAAAAUGCAUGGGAGCGUGAGGAGCAUCUGUCGUUGCACACUCUGUUAGUUAACUUGUCAGUUUGGUGCACAGAUCCAUUAAUUUUGGUCUUUUGACACCCGAGACCAAUCCUAAAUUGCUCAAAUAACAAAAUGCACAGACUAUGGAGGAAGUUCUGUCUAAGAACGCAAUUUUUCAAAGGAAGGACAAUUUCAUCAAGUGUCAUUGAGAUAUCAGAUGAGGUGCGAGAAGCAGUGCAUUAUGGGAAGCCGGUGGUUGCAUUGGAGUCGACCAUCAUCACUCAUGGAAUGCCACACCCCCAAAAUUUACAGACUGCAUUGUUUGUGGAGAGAAUUGUACGAGAGAAUGGGGCUGUUCCAGCUACCAUCGGGAUUCUGAAGGGCAAGGUCAGAGUGGGGUUGUCCAACACAGAGAUGGAGCAUUUAGCAGACCCUGCCACGAUAGCCAUCAAAACUUCACGGAGGGACUUUCCAGGGGUCAUCAGUUCGAAAUUGAAUGGUGGUACCACUGUAAGUGGCACAAUGGUAGUGGCAAACAUGGCCGGAAUUCAGAUAUUCGUGACCGGUGGUAUUGGAGGGGUUCACCAUGGUGUGCAGGAGACUAUGGACAUCAGUGCUGACUUGACAGAAUUAGGUAGAACACCAGUGACCGUGAUAUCAUCUGGGGUCAAGUCCAUCCUGGACAUUGGGAAAACUCUGGAAUAUCUGGAGACAGAAGGAGUUGCUGUGGCAACCUAUGGUUCUUCACGAAAAUUUCCUGCCUUUUUCACACCAUGUAGUGGCUUCCAAGUCCCAUACAAUCUGACAAACCCAACCCAGGCUGCUCACUUUAUAGAGUCUCACAAGGCCAUGCACUUACAGUCAGGAAUUCUGAUCGGAGUACCAAUUCCAGAAGCUGAUGUAAAGUCAGGGGAGAUAAUCCAACAGGCCAUUGACUCGGUUAUAGUACAAGCAAUAGAACAGAAGAUUGCAGGGAAAGAUGUGACUCCAUUUAUCUUGGAGAGAGUGAAUGAAAUCACGGGAGGAGCAUCUCUACAAGCCAAUAUCAGCCUCAUCAAGAACAAUGCGCUGGUAGGAAGCCAGAUAGCGUACAAAUUGUCCAAACUACUGAAGUCCAAGAAAAAUAAAGCAAACAGUGCCCCAGUGACAAAACACAUGGGAGCACCAGAUGUGGUUGUGAUAGGAGGGUCUAUUGUCGAUUUUUAUGCCAGGGUCAACUCAGACAAUUUUCAGAGUAAUGGAGCAACCUACGCAGGAGGAGUGGAUCAAUCAUUUGGGGGAGUGGGAAGAAAUCUGGCUGAUGGAUUGACUCGUCUUGGAGUUAAUACCUUGUUUAUCUCUGCCAUUGGAAAAGACUCACACAGAGCAGGGUUCAGAGCCUACUGUAGUCACAUGAACCUGGGAGGUGUGCAAGAACUGGAGGAACUGAGGACUGCCACCUACUGUGCUGUACUGCAGAAAGGGGGAGAACUCCUGUUUGGAAUCGGUGAUAUGGAUAUCCACAACCAAAUCACUCCAGAAUAUAUAGAAGGAUACCAGUCAUUGAUUGAGAAGGCUAAGAUGGUAUGUAUCGAUGGAAACGUGACGGUGGAGGCAUUACGACGAACUCUACAGAUAGCACAGGCCCAGAAUGUACCAGUUUGCUUUGAACCAACAGACAUACACAAGGCCAGUAAACCAUUCCAAGUCAAUAUCAAGAAAUCUGUUACCAUAACAACACCAAAUGUGAAUGAACUCAGGACUAUGUACAAAUUUUUGACAGGGAGUUUGGAUUCUGCAUAUGGGUCUGCCAGCUCGGAUGAACUCCCAUUGACCAGCGUGUUGAUGGAGUGUAUUUUGCUGUCUAAAGUAGUGGUCCUACAUGUUCCCAUGGUAAUAGUCUCCCUCGGGAAGCACGGAGUGGCGCUCUGUCAGAGGCACAAGAUGGGGAAACCAGACCAAGGCAUCAUUCUAAAGGAUGGAAGUUAUUUGACUGUUGACUGGUAUCCAGCAGUGCCUAAAGGACAGGAACCAGGCAAAAUCAUCAGUGUAUCAGGGGCUGGAGACUGCCUUGCUUCAGCAAUCAUAUCCGGGAUCAUAAGAAGACAUAACCUUGACUUUAGCAUAAAACAAGGAAUCCUAGCAGCUCAACUGUCUCUUCAGUCCCAUCAUGCAGUUCCUCCUUUUCUCUCUCGGAAACGCAUCGAAUUAACAGAGGAGAUGAGCAAACAGUUGAGCUGUACCAGAAUAUCUGACACAUCACUACAUUAAAUUAAUCUAAACCAGAAUAGCUGACACAUCACUACAUUAAAUUAAUCGAAACCAGAAUAGCUGACACAUCACUACAUUAAUCGAAACCAGAAUAUCAGACACAUCACUACAUUAAUCGAAACCAGAAUAUCAGACACAUUGCUACAUUAAUCUAAACCAGAAUAGCUGACACAUCACCACAUUAAAUUAAUCGAAACCAGAAUAUCAGACACAUCACUACAUUAAAUUAAUCUAAACCAGAAUAGCUGACACAUCACUACAUUAAAUUAAUCGAAACCAGAAUAGCUGACACAUCACUACAUUAAAUUAAUGGAAACUAGAAUAGCUGACACAUCACUACAUUAAAUUAAUCGAAACCAGAAUAUCUGACACAUCACUACAUUAAUCGAAACCAGAAUAGCUGACACAUCACCACAUUAAAUUAAUUGAAACCAGAAUAUCUGACACAUCACUACAUUAAAUUAAUCGAAGCCAGAAUAUCUGACACAUCACCACAUACACAUGGAUUAGGAAGGAGAACAUAUUUAUUUAAUUUUAAAAACGUUUAUGGUCAUUCCCAGGAGGAUUGUUUCACAAACACAUUGUUUUAUGUAUUUUCAUGCACUGGUGUUAUAAGUAUGAUAUUCAUUUUGAAGGAAUGAUGACACAUUAAGUCACAUGUACAUGUCGUAUGCAAACCUAUUCUGCGUACUCAUUAAGUAAUCCAUCCUACAUCUAGAUCACUUUGAUGCUUUCUUAAAUGCUGUAUCGUAAUACUAGAUGUUUUAUAUUUGGUAUGUAUGUAAUAUUUAGCAGAAAUGAAGUUUUGCUUGAGUUAGAUUUAAGGUACAUAGUUCCAAAACCUUUAAUUAAUUAAAACUGUUUCCAUGAUAAAAGUGUAUGUUUUGUAGGAAUUGUUUUAACUAGGUACAAUGAAUUAACUUUUAUUUCAUACUGAAAAGGUUUUCUAUAAAUUAUCUAUAUUUAAAAAAAUGUUGUCAAAGACUAUAGCUCAUAUUUUCUCUAUUUGUAUGCCUGUUUCACAAUAAAUUUUGAUGAUAUUUACAAUCAGUUUAUAUAUAUAUAUUUAUGAAGUAGAAGUUUUUUUUUAAAGUGAUCAAAUUAAAAUUUUGUCAUUUUUAUCAGCUGAAGAUAUAUAAUACUUCUGUUUAUGUAUGUCCAAUUUACAUCUUUAAAAAGUUGGCAACACAUACAUUUUCUUUUCUCGUUGAUUAAAUUAAACUAUAUUAAGUGGAAAUUGAUACAGUUUUUCUACUUUGGACCUAUAAUAAUGCAAAGUCACAUGAGGGUGGUGCUAUAUACCUUAAUGUUUUUUGCAACUAUACACAAGUUUAUCCAUAAUAGACAUUUUUCAAUGUUCCUUAUUUAUCAAAAGAUCUCCACCGCCAAAGGCACAAAAAAAAGAGAAGAUAUACCACAAAAUGUAGUGUGUGUAUAGUAAUGAUGUUGAUUCAGUGGUGCUAGUGUGUCAUUCACUGUGGGUUUAAUUUCAAUCAAUCUGAAUGUUAGUUUGGUCAGUCACUCCACACUGUUUUUGUUUCUGCAGUAAAAUAUCAAACUGCAAACAGUGAAUUUAUAAUCACAAUAUCAAUUAACAUCAUUUAUUAAGGUCUUAUACAACAUUUCUGCCAUCUGUUUCUAAAACUUUUUUUUUUUGGUCUCCUUUAUAUGAAGAGUUCUGGUAUGGUUUCUUGAAUAGGUUUAAAUUCUAUACUGUAUAACAUUACUAUACUCUGCAUAUCGGCUUGGUUGUAGUGCAGUGGUUAGAUCAACUUACUAGAAAUGCGAGGGUCCCAGGUUGCAUCUCCACUUGAUCCCAAGCUUUUUCUCCCCUUCUUUGCUACAAUAACUUAGCAAUGCCCACAAUAUACACAUUCCUUCUAUAAAACAUAGGAGCUAGAUUACUUUUUGUUUGCUACAACCAGAAACUAUCAAAAUAUGCUAACUCUAAAACAAACCUGGGAAUAUACCUAAAGUUUUCUUUCUUUUUUAUAUAUUUAAAAACAAGGUAGAAUGCAAGUACCUAGAAUGUCAAGAAAAAUUAUGGUACAUGUUGUAUUGUAUAUGACUCAGCUGCAGUCUCUUACCUCGACUGUGGGUCACUGACGAUGCACAUCAUUAUCUCCAAGGUGGGAAUUUUUUUAAUGCACAACUCUCCCAUAAUGGAUAAAUGUUUAAAAUAUAAUAGCGACAGAGGGCAAGAGUUAAGGUUUACAAUUCAUUCCAAGUACAGUCAAUUGUAAUUAGUACCAAUAUCGGGCUAAAGUGGUUUUAUUGCAUUUGUUUGAAUGUAUACAAUAAUUGGAAUAACUCUAGCUUGCCUAUGUUGGGGGUGUCAGGAACCACAUAAAGCCUCUACCUUCCCUGCAGCUGUUGUAGGGGUCUAAAUCAUUAUAUAUUUUUGUGAUGGUCAUAUUUUGUAUUAAUUCACCAAAGUUUGUAUUAAUCUAUAUUUAGCACUAUAUAGUAGCAACGGGUAUGUUCUAGUUCGUACUUUAUUGUUUACUAAUAUACUGGUAGUUUAUUAGUCAAUCAUCAUCUUUUAAUAAUCAUACUGUGCAAUGCCAAAGAUAUCUCUGAAUAAGAUGCAGUGUAGUCUUUAUCACCAGUAUUGAUUAUCUACAUUGUGAUUUCUGUGUUAUUACAGUUCUGAUAUAGAACUAAAUCUGAGGUGCUAAUGACAAUCAAAUGAAUGUGAAAUAUACUAGCUAUGAAAAAGAUGCAUUUUUCACAAAUUAAAACAAGCACACUAGCUAUGUCAAUAAAUUCUUAGAGGUCACUUUCCAUAUCAAAUAUUUCGCUGUGUGAAAGCAAAUUUUGGACAAUACCCCAGAUAUAUAUUAUGUUGCAUGUGAUCACAAGAUGGUCUGGAAAGCACUAGUUGCUUAACUUGUGUUCCAGAAUUUUUGUUUCAAAUUGUAUGUGCCACAAGAAACACCAAUAACACAGUAUCUCUUUUAUUGUAAAUUGUUAAUAUUGCAAUUUACAUAUUCAUGUAUAAAAUACUAUAAUACAUAAUUAUACACCAGUAUAAACAAUGAAUGCAAUUAAAAUAUUUCUACUAUACAGGUAUGAUAUAUGUACAAUGCUUCGUUUUUAUUAAUAUGAAUGUUUAUUUUCUGUGAUUAAAAACGAUCUUGCACUUUG